AUGAAGACCUCUGCCUUUAUCACGCUGGCCCUUGCUGGGUCGGCGCUUGGUGUCCGCCGCGGCAACUGGAACCCUGACGACGGCGGCGAUGGUUGGUCCCCGACCGACUCAGGCAGCUGGGGCACCGAGACCUCCGACACUUGGACGUCGGAGACCUGGGGCUCGGAGACCUGGAGCUCGGAGACCUGGAGCUCGGAUUGCACCACCUCCACGACCCCUGCUCCGCCUCCGCACACCACCACGCAUAAGCACUCGUCCAUCCCGCAUCACUCGUCUGUCCCCCAUCAUUCGCACACGACGGCGCCGCCACCACCGCCUGUGACGACGACCACCUACGUGACGACGUCCAUCUGCCCGGUGACCACCCACAGCACCAGCUCCGGAAGCGUUGUUCCGGUGACAACACACUCGACCUCGGUCUGGACUGUCACCACCGAGUGCCCGCCUGGCCCUACAACGUCAGCGCCUGCUCCUCCAGGUCCCCAUGGGCCUGGGCACAAGAACAAUGGGACAGCCCCUCCGGGCCCCCCUGGGCCUGGUCACACGGGCCACAGCACCGCUCCUCCCGGCCCCCCUGGGCCUGGUCACAAGGGCAACGGCACCACGCCUUCCGGUCCCCCUGGGCCUGGCCACAAGGGCAACGGCACUACCCCCCCGACUACGCCGACACCUUGUCCUAGUGGUAACAACACUACCCCUACGGUUCCCGGUACCAAGGGCAAUGGGACCACCCCAACGGGCCCCCCUUCUAGCCAUGGGGGCAACGGUACCGCUCCGCCGACGCCGCCGACACCUUGUCCCAGUGGUAACAGCACUACGCCUUCGGCGCCUGGUACCAAGGGCCACGGCACCACCCCGCCGACUUCUCCGACACCUUGUCCUAGUGGUAACAGCACCACCCCGCCGACUUCUCCGACGCCUUGCCCCAGUGGUAACAGCACCACUCCUGUGACCCCUGGGCAUCAGGGCAACGGCACCGUCCCGUCGAACCCGGCUGCCGUGGUGACCCAUCCGAGCGGAGCUCCUCCUCCGCCCCCGGCUCCGGGCUCGCCCUCCACGUCGGGAACUCCUGGGUCUCCUGGGUCUCCUGGGUCUCCUGGGUCUCCCAAAUCUCCCGAGUCUCCUGAGUCUCCUGGGUCUCCCAAAUCUCCCGAGUCUCCCGAGUCUCCCGAAUCUCCCGGGAGCCAUCCCGGCCCCAGCCAUGGCAACGGCACCAGUGCCCCUGAGCACCCCGGCCCGGCCUCCUCCAGCAGCCCUGGCGGUCACGGAAACGGCAACGGCAACGGCAACGGCGGCAGCCCCAACAAGCCGCCCACUGUUCCCACCAGCGAUGCCUUCCACACCUCAGCCAAGGCGACCACGUUUGUCGGUCUCCUGGCCGGUCUGACCAGUGUGGUCCUGCUGCUAUAA